AUGGAGCCACCAAAUAAGAAGAUAAGAACCGACUCAGCCUCUCCGGAACCCGAGUCAAGACUGGAAUCUUCAUUAUCUACAUUACCCGAACUAGUCACCUUACACAGAGUCGUCACCCCACCAGAACGGCCGUCAAGCUCCGGACAGGCCGCAUACACCGACCCCGAAGCAAAGAAGGAGAGCAAUGGGCCAAAGGCCAGCCAAACAAGCUCUAAAGCUGGCUCCAUUCCUCCAAAGAUCAUCGACUCUCCAAUUCAACUCACACACAUCCGUGAUCUUCCCACAAGCAAAGGCUACAAUGUGGACACGGUGCGACUGCGCGAUAUCCUCGGGGAUCCGAUGAUCCGCGAAUGCUGGCAGUUCAAUUACCUUAUCGACGUGGAUUUUCUCAUGUCGCAAUUUGAUGAAGAUACUAGAGGUCUUGUUAAAGUCCGUGUCGUGCAUGGGUCGUGGCAAAGAGAAAGUGCGAACAAGAUUCGUAUCGAAGAAGCAUGUGCGCGAUAUCCCAAUGUCGAACCUAUCGUGGCAUACAUGCCCGAGGCGUUCGGGACGCAUCAUUCUAAGAUGAUGGUGCUUCUUCGGCAUGAUGAUCUAGCCCAGGUUGUCAUCCAUACGGCAAACAUGAUCCCUAUGGACUGGACAAAUAUGACACAGGCUGUCUGGCGCUCUCCUCUUCUUCCGCAGAACCCAUCCUCGGUACCGGAGACAGACUCACCAAUUGGCUCUGGCUCCCGAUUCAAAAGAGAUCUUCUCGCCUAUUUGAAGGCAUACGGUCCCUCCAAGACAGGCCCCUUGGUUCAACAGUUGGAAACCUAUGACUUCGAAGCUGUGCGCGCUGCCCUUGUUGCCAGUGUACCAUCAAAGCAGCAUGCCAGCGACUCCAAUUCAGAAGAGGGAACACUAUGGGGGUGGCUCGCACUCAAGGACCUGAUGAGCCGAAUCCCAAUUAAAAACACCAAUCAGGACAAAAAGAGAGCCCCAAAAAGCCUCACAUCGUCAUCCAGCGCAGCACAACAAAAACAACUCGCAUACAUGCGUCCCUAUCUGUGCCAAUGGGCCGGCGAUGGUCCCACAAGCGGCACAUAUAUCGACCUAUCAGGCGACGAGCCACCGAAAUGGGAAGCUGGUCGUGCGCGCGCGGCGCCGCAUAUUAAGACUUAUAUUCGCUUUCGUGAUGGGAUGGAGAGCAUGGAUUGGGCGAUGGUUUCGUCAGCGAAUCUUUCUACACAGGCUUGGGGUGCGGGGGUUAAUUCUGCGGGGGAGGUUAGAAUUUGUAGUUGGGAGAUUGGGGUUGUUGUUUGGCCGGGGUUGUUUGGUGAUUGUGCUGAUGAGGGCGGGGAGGCGGUUAUGGUCCCUACUUUUAAGAAGGAUCGUCCUUCUAUGCCGUCAGAGACAGAAGAGAAGGAGAAGGGGGAGGGGACUGCUUCUGUUGUUGUCGGAUUCCGUAUGCCUUACGACCUACCCUUAACGCGGUAUGGAGCCACAGAUGAGCCGUGGUGUGCUACUGCCUCGCAUGAACUGCCCGACUGGCGCGGACAGAGCUGGAUUGUUUGA